GGGAUAUACACACAUUAGCUUAUCAACUUCUCAAAAUCUCACUUUUUUUUGUUCUCUCUAAACUUUCUCAUAAUAUUCUCUCAAUUUUAUGCAAAAACACACAUGAAUCUAUCUUUCUAAAUAGUCACCUCAUCUCCUUUGUUCUCUCUCUCUCUUUCUCUGCUUUCUCUCUCUAUAUAGCUGUCUCUUUUUAUUCACACUAUCACAGGCAUCUUCUUGAAUUCUUUAAUGGCACCAAACGAAAAAGCGUCUCUUUAAACACUGUCUUGAUUACUAAAUACGGAAAAACCAAUUGUUCACACUAUCUCUCCGCUCUCAUUCUCAAUUUCCAUUCCUGUAUUUCUAUAUUGUGUCUUGUACGAGUGUGUAUAUUUUGAUGGGUCUCUAAAAUGGGUUCUCUUGAAAGUGGACUUUCAUUCAAGAGAGAUCAAAAUCUACCUCGUUCAACGAGCAGGAAUUAGAAUGAGAGAAACCCAUUUGGUCAAAGACCCAGAUCGAGACUUGCAAGAUUUGUAUUGUUCAAGAAGAUUGAUUAUCUACAAUGGAUUUGCACUGUGGGUGUCUUCUUCUUCUUUGUGGUUCUUUUCCAGAUGUUCUUGCCUGGUUCAGUGAUGGAAAAAUCGGAGAAUUCAGAGGUAGUGUCUGGAGAUUUGAUGUUGUGGAAAGAGAUUGGUGGGUUAGAUUUUGGGGAAGAUAUUAAGUUUGAGCCAUCAAAGCUUUUGGCUAAAUUUCAAAAAGAGUCUAAAGAGGUCAAUAUGUCUUCUGUUUCAAGGAGAGGAUUGAGCUUUGGGUAUAGAAAACCCCAGCUUGCUUUGGUUUUUGCAGAUCUGUUAUUUGAUCCACAACAGAUACUAACGGUUACUGUUGCUAUUGCUUUGAGGGAAAUUGGGUAUGAAAUUGAGGUUUACUCGCUUGAAGAUGGUCCCGUGCUUGCUGUUUGGAAAAAUAUAGGAGUUCCAGUCACUAUCAUCAAAAUCAGUGACAAGAAGGAUGUCCUCGUAGAUUGGCUAAACUAUGAUGGCAUAAUUGUGAACUCAAUUGAAGCCAGGGAAGUCUUUUCCUAUCUUCUGCAGGAACCUUUCAAGUCAGUACCUCUUAUAUGGACCAUCCAUGAAAGAACACUCGCUAAUCGUUUGAGACAAUACAUGUCAAGUGGCCAGUUUGAGCUUGUAAAUGAUUGGAAAAGAUUCAUCAACCGUGCCACUGUUGUGGUCUUCCCAAACCAUGCCCUACCGAUGUUUUACUCUGCAUGGGAUUCCGGAAACUACUUUGUUAUUCCGGGUUCUCCAGCUGAAGCAUGGGAAGCAGACAACUUUCUUGUUUCAUCCAAAGAUGAUCUACAUGUCAAGAUGGAUUAUGGGCAUGAUGACUUUGUUAUCGUGAUUGUGGGAAGUCAAUUUUUGUACAGAGGCUUGUGGCUAGAGCAUGCCUUUGUUUUGAAGGCUUUAUUACCACUUUAUGCAGACUUCCCAUCUGAUAACAAUUCGAAUUCUCAUCUUAAAAUAAUUAUUUUAAGUGGGGAUUCAACUGGCAAUUAUAGUGUGGCUGUGGAGGCCAUUGCUCUUAAUCUAAGAUACCCAAGGAACAGUGUGAGGCAUAUUGCUGUUGAUGAAGAUGCAGACAGUGUUCUAAACAUGGCUGAUCUUGUGAUAUAUGGAUCCUUCCUCGAAGAGCAAUCUUUUCCAAACAUUUUGAUAAAAGCUAUGUGCUUUGGGAAGCCAAUCAUAGCCCCGGAUCUCUCCAUUAUCAGGAAAUAUGUUGAUGACAGGGUGAAUGGUUAUCUAUUUUCGAAGGAAAACAUGAGGGUUCUAACAGAGACACUAUUGGAAAUAGUCUCAAAUGGGAAGCUGUCACCUCUAUCUCACAAUAUUUCAUCAAUUGGAAAACGCACUGCAAAAAACCUUAUGGUUUCAGAUACUGUUGAAGGGUAUGCUUCUCUAAUAGAAAAUGUUCUCAAGCUCCCAUCGGAAGUUGCACCUUCCAAGGCAGUUACAGAAAUCCCUAGCAAUUUGAAAGAGGAAUGGCAAUGGAAACUAUUUGAGUCAAUAUCAGAUUCAACACAUCCAAAUAGAACUUUGAGAACCCACAAAUUUCUAGAGAAGAUUGAAAAGCAGUGGAAUGGUACUCAAACAGAGAGUUCUGGUGCUGCUGUGACUUCUACAAAUGAAACAUUUGUAUAUAGUAUCUGGGAGGAACAAAAAAACAUUAAUAUGGUUAAUAGAAGGAAGAGAAGAGAAGAAGAAGAGUUGAAGGACAGAACUGAUCAAUCUCGGGGAACGUGGGAGGACGUAUAUCGAAAUGCCAAAAGGGUUGAUCGGUCUAAGAACGAUCUGCAUGAAAGGGAUGAUAGAGAGCUUGAAAGGACAGGUCAACCAUUAUGCAUUUAUGAACCUUACUUGGGGGAAGGAACUUGGCCUUUUUUGCACAAUACUUCACUCUAUCGCGGACUUGGGCUGUCCACCAAAGGUCGAAGGCCCAGGACAGAUGAUAUUGAUGCACCUUCUCGUCUUCCACUUCUUAGCAAUCCUUACUACCGACAUGCACUUGGUGAAUAUGGAGCCUUUUUUGCAAUAGCUAACCGUGUUGACCGCAUCCAUAAAAAUGCUUGGAUAGGGUUCCAGUUGUGGAGAGCAACGGCAAGGAAGGAAUCUUUGUCUAAGACUGCUGAAACUGCAUUAUUGGAUGCUAUCCAAGCACGAAGGCACGGUGAUGCGCUCUACUUUUGGAUUCGUAUGGACACGGAUCCAAGAAACCCAUUGCAACAGGAUUUUUGGACAUUCUGUGAUGCUAUAAAUGCUGGAAAUUGCAAGUUUGCCUUUUCCGAGGCUCUAAAGAAGAUGUAUGGCAUUAAGCAUGAUUUGAUGUCUCUUCCUCCGAUGCCUAUGGAUGGGGACACAUGGUCUGUUAUGCACAGCUGGGUUUUACCAACCAAGUCCUUCUUGGAGUUUGUAAUGUUUUCCAGAAUGUUUGUAGAUGUGUUGGAUGCAGAAUUCUAUGAUGAGCACCAUCAAAGUGGCUAUUGUUAUCUGAGUUUAUCCAAGGACAAGCAUUGCUACUCUCGGGUACUUGAGCUGCUUGUAAAUGUAUGGGCAUACCACAGCGCUCGGAGGAUGGUGCAUGUGAAUCCAGAGACUGGUCUAAUGCAAGAACAACACAUUUUCAAGAACCGGAGAGGUCAAAUGUGGGUCAGAUGGUUCUCAUCCACGACCCUCAAGGCCAUGGACGAGGACUUAGCUGAGGAGUUGGAUUCUGAUCACACUAAGAGACGGUGGUUGUGGCCAUCUACUGGUGAGGUCUUUUGGCAAGGCAUGUUUGCAAAGGAGAGAAGUCAAAGAAACCGAGAGAAAGAGAAGAGGAAGAAACAAAGUAAGGAUAAGAUUUCGAGAAUCAAGAGCCGGCAUCACCAGAAAACAAUCGGAAGGUAUGUGAAGCCUUUGCCAGAGGAUGUGGAAGGUUCAAACACAACUGUGGUUGUUGAAGCCAGGGUUUUGAGGUAGCAUUGUGUUGGUUAUUGAGGGAUGUGGGCUAAUUUGAUAAAAUUCAAUUCUUUUUUAGAAAUUUACUCUUCAUUUUUUUUUAAAUUUUUUUAAUUUUAAAGUUUUUGUCAGAGAGGAUGAUGCAUAGGUAUGUGUAUGUAAUUUGUAUGUGAGGCUUUGUAUGUAACAGUUGCAGCCUUUCUGAUAUAAUGAUGCAAGUCAAUGCUUAUAAUGUAUA